CAUCCGCCACAAUCACGCGCCACACCGUCCACCACAGGAACCGCCGAGGUUAGGUCAAGGUGCCCAGCAGCAGCAGCAGCAGCAGCAGCUCCGCCAGCACUGAGACUGCCGCCCAUUGCGUCAAGGCUCACUCACCACCACCCACCAUCCUCCCAUCCAUCCACCUCAACCGCCGACCAGGUCACAGCAUCUACUACACACCUACGAAGUACACAGCUCCUAUAUUCGGCGCCCGAGCACCCGGCCGACGCUCGUCUACGACACCGAGAACCAUACACCAACAGCAGCUAGACCCCCCCCCCUCCCCCGCCUCGCGACGCCUUUGCGAGAGCGCAGUUGUCCGUGCGAAGCUCCUCGCCGCGGCCCGAAAGGUCCCCGAGUCAACAUCGAAGCUGAAUCAACCUUCUAGACCACUAUCCUCCACUCUUCCAGUCCGACCGCCGCAGCCAUGGUCGCGGAACUGCCAUGUUAGUCCCCAUGCUCGUCGGUCUCCGUUGAAGGAACAUUCAAGCUGUACGACUGCUGACUCUAUAUCGUAUAGACGCGCUCGACGCGGAGACGCCGCUAAACGCCUCAGAGCUUAACGUCCUGCGUGCUCAGUAUGAAAAGGAAGGCGAUAUGGUCGGCGUCCAAACAAAGUUCAACUAUGCCUGGGGACUCGUAAAAUCCAAUAGCCGCCACGAUCAGCAGCUCGGCGUCCGUCUCCUCUCUGACAUCUUCCGCCUCUCCCCCGAGCGCCGCCGUGAGUGCCUCUACUACCUUGCUCUCGGCAACUACAAGCUCGGCAACUACGGCGAGGCCCGCCGUUACAACGACCUCCUCCUCGACCGCGAGCCCGCCAAUCUCCAGGCUUCGGACCUGCGACAGCUCAUUGACGCAAAGGUCGCCAAGGAGGGGCUUAUGGGCGUCGCCAUCCUGAGCGGUGUCGGCAUCGCCGCUGGCGUCGUCGGUGCUUUCCUCUUUAAGAACGCCCGGAGGAGGUAG